CUGCUGGCCUGUCAUCCUGGACGCCAAAAAAAGGUUAAAAUCGCAUCAAGACCGGCGACUGGCGAGCAAAGUCAAAAAAGCAACGACGCUGGCCGUAUUCGGGUCACAAUUUUGGUACUUCGCCAACGGAGAACAUCCCAAUCGGGCCCAUUUCCCUCCCGGCUGCUGCCUCUUGCUGGUUAUCUUUCUCUUCUCCGGCUUCUUUCUCUUCACUCCUUCUGCUUCUUGGUUCUGCUUGUCUUUCCCUUGCCACGUUUUUCUCUGUUCUUUCCCCCCCAUCCUUCAGGAGGGGGAAAGGUCUUUUGAGACAUCCCUUCCCCUCCCUUCGUGCCAACUCUAUAAACUAUCUCCUGGCACGGCCAACGAUAUACUUCCCAGUUCCUGGCCCGAGCCACGGGAAUAUUACUCCCCACUCCCAACCUCCCCUCCCCUCUCCAUCUAGCACAACAGCAUCAUGCUUUCUCCGUCCUCGUUGGCACUUCCUAGACAGGCCCCUCCAGUGAGGCCCUCUCGGUCCUUGGAGGGACUAGAGCAAGUCGUCCCUCCCCGAGUGCCAGUGCCCCCUGCUCGCCCGGCACUGCGACAUAUUGAUAAGCCGCUCCCGGAGCUGCCUCCCAAGCCACUGCCUGAGACCCCGUCGAUGGAUGAGGGCUCCACUGCAUGGAGUGAUGACAGUAGUACCAUCUCCAGCUUCUACGAUGACAGCCGACGCUUUUCGGCGGAUUCGUCCGAGAGUUACCCUGUUUUUGUCCGCUCUGGUUCGGACGAUCUGUCCGAGCUUGUCGAUCAUCCACCCACUACCGGGCCCAUCGACCCGUACCAGCAUGACGACCAUCACCAUCACCACAAUGACCAUCCAAAGUCCGCACCUUUCGCCAUCACCACUACUUUCCUCCACGAUGACCACUCCGACCGAGCCCAACCCUGGGUCGCUAACCGGGCUGGCCCCAACCAUUACUUCCGGGAGAAGAAAUGGGACUUUUUCCCUGAGCUGGCUACUCCGUCGGCUCUCCCUACAUCCCCGCGUUUUCCCACUCACCCCCGCAAAAAGAACGGCAGUAAACUGAACCUCACCGUGUUCGACUUCGCCAAAGGCCGCAACCGUUGGAACUCAUCCGAUCGAAGUGGACGCGCCCUCGCUCAGGACGUGCGCAAUUCCAUUCGCUCCUAUGUGCAACGGCGCUUGUCGAAAAAUUCCCUAGAACGAAACAAGAGUAAUCGGUCGUCAUUCCCGACAGCAGAUUCAGUGGAUCCUGUGCGCACCCCCACGCCAUCGAGCAAGAUCACCACCACCACCACCGACGAAUAUUAUCAUCCUGGAAGUCCAAGGUCUCCUCUGAGCCCAGUGGAUGUCUCACCCUCGAAUAAACGCCUAUCGCGCAUGUCCACUCGCUCAACCAUGGGUGCGCGCGGCCCGCACCCGCGGCCUAUGGCGUCCCCACGGAAGAAGCAGCUGGCAGUGCCGAUGUCGCCGUAUCAGAAGUACGGUGCUGCGAUCUGGGAGAAGCCAGGUCGCGAGAAGCGAAUCAGUUACCGACAGAGCCCUAACGUUCGGUUUCCUCGCUAUCGGAAACGACGCUCGUCAAAGAAGGGCUUUGUGUCCUCCGCAACGCCACCCCUGACGCCACCCGCCCGGUCUCAACUCCAGCAGAACACCCGGGACUGCGUCCGAGCCAUUCAAGACGGCACCCAUCAUAUCCUCGACGCCCUUGACGGCGCGCGGAAGAAGAUGAUCGGAGUGCGAGGCGAUCGACGGCACACAGAGCUGAAAUCACAGAUCCGACUAGUCGGACCAGUCAGUCCAUACAAUAACAAUUAUGGACAGACCGAUCCAUGGAUUUAGAACGAAGAGCUCACUAUCUCUCCUCUCAGACUUUCCUUUCUCGUUCCGUCUUCUUUCCUUUCUAUGUUCAUGAUAUCCCAUUCGCUUCAUUGUCCAUGUUAUCCAAUUAGCCUGUCCUUAUUUCCGGUCACUCUCUACCUCUACAACUCUCGUCUUGUCCUGCAACUCUAGUCAUUACCGUGAUAUCCCGUUGGCAUUUUCAGGGUCUCUGCUUGGCGUUGGGGAUGCACCUAUAGAUGCUUUAUCUAUAGCCACUUCACUUUUUAGUAUAUUAUAUUGAGGAUACUAGCUUAUAAUGACCCAAUAUCGAAUCUUAUCAUCUACAACCCAAAA